UGUGGAGUGAGAGAGAGAGGUUGAGCAAGAGAGAGAGAGAGAUGAAACGAGAAUAGAAGAAUCCAAGCUGACAGCUUCCCUAAUAGAGCAUGAGUAACUCGACUAGAGAAGCAGGGCUCUGUUGGACUGCAACAGAAUUUUCAGUUCGUCAUUUUCGUGUGCAUGGUUAGGAUUUAGCUUGGUUUCUUUUUUUUUUUUGUUUGUUUUGCUUUUAUAUCAGAAAGAAUCCCUCAGAAUGGACCGGCGAAUGAACUUCAAUUAUUGGAUGCAAGCAGUCUUUUUUUGCCUGUUUUUUACUGCGUCGUCUGGAAAGGUCCGCUACGUCCUUCCAGAAGAGAUGCAGACAGGUUCUAUAGUUGGAAACGUUGCACGGGAUCUGCGUCUGGAAGUGAGGGAGCUCCGUGCUCGUCGCGCCCGCGUUGUCGCAGACGGGAUCAGUCAGCUUUGUGAACUGGACCUGGCAUCGGGCAAUCUUUUGAUCAGCCAACGGAUUGACAGAGAGGAGCUCUGCGCACAAGACAGUGGGUGCACCAUACAGCAUCAGAUUUUACUGGAGGACCCCCUGCAAGCAUAUGGUCUGCUUUUAGACAUCACGGACAUUAAUGACAACACUCCAGUAUUUGCUGCAGGGGAGAUAAACCUUGAUUUAGUCGAGUCUACAGUCCUGGGGAGACGUUUUCCACUGGAGAGCGCACAUGACCCUGAUCUGGGGACAAACUCUGUCAAUCAAUACAAACUGAGCCAAAAUGAUCAUUUUGGUCUGGAAAUAGACACCCAAAUAAAUGGCAAUGCAUACCCGGAACUUGUUCUUAAAAAGGCAUUGGAUCGAGAGACACAAGCAGAACAUGUACUGAAAAUCAAUGGCAUUGACGGAGGGAAUCCAGCCAGAACUGGGACUGCUUCUAUCCGCAUCCGUGUUCUGGACACCAAUGACAAUGUCCCAGUUUUUAGCCAGCGGGUUUACAGAGCAUCAGUACCAGAAAACUCUGUCACAGGGACUAUAAUAGCACAACUAAAUGCCACAGACUUGGACGAAGGUCUGUAUGGAGAGAUAACAUACUCUUUCAGUCACCUGUCGGACAAGACCAGAGGAGUUGUUCACAUUGACCCUCUGAGUGGUGAAGUCCGCGUAGCAGGUGUCUUUGACUAUGAGGAGGCGAGUACGCACGAGUUGGAUGUCCAAGCCAAAGAUGGGGGUGGCCAGGCCUCCCAUUGUAAACUUGUAAUCGAUGUCACUGAUAUCAACGACAACAAACCUGUGAUUGAAAUAAAGUCGGCAUCUGCUAAUGUGGCCGAAGACUCGAAACCUGGAACAAUGGUGGCCCUGAUCAACAUUUAUGACUUGGACACAGGGAACAGUGGAGACGUCACAUGUUCCAUUCCUGACAAUGUCCCAUUUCAAAUAGUAUCAGAAGUGAAAAACUACUACAUGUUAUUGACAUAUGGAACACUAGACCGAGAGCUUCAGUCAGAGUAUAACAUCACUGUUACAGCCACUGAUUCGGGUUCUCCCUCUCUACAGGGUGUUAAAGUUUUAACUAUCGUAGUUAAUGACGUAAAUGACAACCCCCCAAAUUUUACACAGAGCGAGUACACCGCCAAUCUCUUUGAAAACCAACCUGUAGGUGCGUUUGUUAUGAAAGUUACAGCACAGGACAGGGAUGACGCAUCUAAUGCCAAAUUACUCUACCAAAUUUUGAAAGAUACGAAUUCAGACGUUUCCUCCUUCCUUACCAUUAACAUAGAAACGGGGGAGCUUUUUACGUCGCGGCUCUUCGAUUACGAGCAGUCUGCUUACUUCCAAAUCAAGGUAGAGGUGCGGGAUGGGGGCGACCCCCAACUCACUGCCACCUGCAUUGUCAAUGUUUUUAUCAAGGACCAGAAUGAUAACGCGCCAGUUGUUCUAUAUCCUGUGCAAGCCUUCAUUGUUGAAGACAUGGUGCCCCUUGAAGCACCAAGAGGUUAUUUGGUGACCAAGGUGGUGGCUGUGGAUGCUGACUCCGGCCAUAAUGCAUGGCUGUCCUACAGAAUAAUCAAAGAAACUCAACCGAAUCUCUUUAUGGUGGGUUUACACACAGGCGAAAUCAGAACUGCGCGAUCCUUUUUGGAAAAUGAUGAACCGAAGCAAACAAUUGUUAUUGUGGUGACAGAUAACGGACAUGAUCCCCUUUCAGCCACGGCUACAGUUAGCAUUGCCAUUGGUGAGGGGUUGCCGGUUGUCCAAGAACUAUUUGAGCUUGUAGACGAAUCUCAGGGCAGUUAUAGUUUGAGGCUGUAUUUGGUCAUCGCCCUGUUAACCGUUUCCUCUCUGUUAAUCUUUUUAAUCAUCGCCGUGUGUUAUUUCAAGCUUUGUCGACGGGGUUAUGUAUAUCGUUCCACCACCACCAACCUCCCCGUUUUCCCCACGACUUACUACCCACCUAGUUUUACAGAUUUUAGCCACUGUGGGACACUGCUGAAAGAUGACAGGUACGAUCCCUUUCUGACCACCGGCUCAUGGAGAGGUGACUUUCGCUUUGGUUCUAACACGGACACUGACACGCUGAAGAAAAGGAGCGCGGCUUAUCAAAAGAACACCCUUCGGCGCACCAGUGCAGAUAGAUCUACCUUAAAGAUUCGGGCAGGUCCCCCACCUCCUUGUUACGUAAUCACUUGAAGUACUGCACAUUAAAAAACACACUCACCAGGCCCUAAACUGAGUAUACAUGUUUUGGUCAUAGACAUCUCUAUUUUGUGUUAUGCUUAUUCUUUUUUUUUUAAAUGCUUUGUUUUGUUAUUUUAAUUUUGUCACUGUUGAAUUUACUGACAGGGUUUUCCUGUGUUGUGGCCGGUGAUUUUCUGUUGUAAUCACAAACUGUAAAGAUUUAUGAAAUGACAUAAUGUGUUAAAAAAUGUAAAUAACAUGUGAAUUGUUGUUUUAUAUACAGUACGCAUGAAAUGUUUGUCUUUACAAUGCCAUAGCAUAACGUUGCAAUAUGGACCUACUACUGAUGACUUAACCUACAGUAUGUACUGUGGUGAAUAACUUUACAGAUAAUCAAUGUCAUGUGCGGGUUUAUAUAGAGUUAUAUAAGCAUGAUCAAUAUAGGUUUGUUUGUAUUUUUGUUCAAUAAGACAUAGUGGGAAAUAUUAAUGUUUUCACAUCGGCCUUUGUUGUUUUUCCAUUGCUCUAAGUCACUUUUAGACAUCUUAUAGUCUCCUCAAUAGUUUUACAUUAAUAAUACAUUAUGUUGUUUUUCUUGUGAAUUUUUGCAUGGUGACCUCCAGAUUUUGCUUGUCAACAGAAACCUAAUAUUUUUUUGUUUUAAAAUCACAUCGGCGGAACUUCCUGUACUUUGACCAUUUUAACAGAUACAACAAUACAAUAUUGUAUGUGCAGAUUAGAGUUGUCAUUUUUUUCUUUUUCAUUUCCUAUUUUUCAAUCACAGCAUUUUUCUCUUUUUGGUCUUGUAUUGUUCCCACCCUAAAAUCAGUGGCCAUCAAUAUUUCAUGUAUUAUCGUUUUUUCUUAUAUGAUGCUUUUAUUCCCUAUGCAGGUACCUCUAUUAAAUGAAAUAAAAUGCUUUAACUACUAAA